ACGUGGCAAGUGCGGCCUCACCAUAUAGUCUCGCGUGGCAAGUGGGCCCUCACCAAAUCCCCCGCUAUGGGGAGGACGCAUUUACCACGUGGAGUACUUGCCCCAUCAUCUAGUCCCACGUGGCAAGUGCGGAGGUGGCGAUGGGAGCGGGAUGGCAACGCCCAGGUGGCGACGCCAUGUGGCGUACUUGCCACGUGGCGAUGGGAGAGGGAUGGCAACGCCGAGAUGGCAACGCCGAGGUGGCGACGCCACGUGGUGAUGGGAGCGGGAUGGCAACGCCGAGGUGGCGAUGGGAUCGGGAGCGGGAUCGGGAAGCGAAGGUGGCCACGGGCGUGGGAUCGGGAUCGGAAACCGGAGGUGGCGAUGGGUACCACACUUCGCACGUGCCAAACAUCGCACGUGGCGCACUUUCCGCAUCGCCACAUGGCGUACCUGCCCCAUCAUCUAGUCCCACGUGGCAAGUACGGAGGUGGCGACGCCGAGGUGGCAACGGGAGCGGGAUGGCGACGUCGAGGUGGCGACGCCAUCUCGGUGUCGAGGUGGCGUACUUGCCCCAUCAUCUAGUCCCACGGGCAAGUGCGGAGGUGGCGACGCCGAGGUGGCGACGGGAGCGGCAAGUACGCCACGUGGCAAGUGCGGCCUCACCAUAUAGUCCCACGUGGCAAGUGCUGAGGUGGCGACAGGAGCAGCAAGUACGCCACAUGGCAAGUGCGGCCUCACCAUAUAGUCCCACGUGGCAAGUGCGGAGGUGGCGACGCAUAGGUGGCGACGGGAGCGGGAUCAGGAAGCGGAGGUGGCGACGCAGGGCAUGGUAUCGGGAGCGGGAUUGGGAAGCGAAGGUGGCGAUGCAGGGCGCGGGAUCGGUAGCGGGAUCGGGAAGCGGAGGUGGCGACGCCAAGGUGGCAACGCAGGGCACGGGAUCGGGAUCGGGAUUCGAAGGUGGCGACGGGAGUGGGAUCGGGAUUGGAAAGCGGAAGUGCCGAUGGGUACCACACUUCGCACGUGCCAAACAUCGCACAUGGCGCACGUGCCACGUGGCGCACUUUCCACAUCACGUCAAGGUUGCGGCCAGGUCACCAAGUAAUCAAUCAAUCAAUCAAUCCAUCCAUCAAUCAAUUCAUCAAUCAAUCAAUCAAUCAAUCAAUUAAUCAAUCGAUCAAUCAAUCGAUUAAGUAAUCAAUCAAUCAAUCAAUCAAUCAAUCAAUCAAUCAAUCAAUCAAUCAA